CCAGGCGGCGCUGCUCACCACUCUUCAUGAUGGAUUGACACGAGAGCUCCUGUCGUGCGUAUACCUCAUUGUGUACCGUUUGAUCCAGAGGCAUGCAUUCCAAGCAUGCUUAGUAGCUACCCCUGCGCCCAUCGUACUUCGGACUACGCAAUCGGCCGUCCCUAUGACGGGAGAGAAGAAGACGUCUGACCUCUCUGCCCGCUUAGGCGUAAAGCGCUCCAAGAACGUCUCCUCCAAACCUUCCAAAUCCGCCCCUCCGUCGAUUAGCGCCCCGCCUAAAGCUGCCAUAGCGACGAAGACAAAAAAGAGCGAGGUACAGCGACGGAAGAACCCAUUCAAUGAUAUGCUUCAUCAUAAACCCGGGAAGGAGAAGGAUGGCAGGAGCAGCGCAUCGUCGACCCAGGACGACGGAGACGAGGAGGCCGACCCUGGGCCGGAAGUUAUAACAGAUACGAAGGCGGCAGACAAGAUUGCUGAGUUGGAACAGACACUAGUGGUAUCGAGAGAGGAGCAAAAUGCGCUGCGAGAAGAGCUGGCGAAGGCGCGAGAGCAUGGUUUGGUGUACAAGGGGACGAUUGAAGACUAUAGGCGCCAGCUCGCCGUGAGGUAUCAGACCCAGAGUCCUCCUGGAGCAUUCCAUCCCAACUCCCGACCGACUUCACGUCGCUCCAAUUCAAUAUCCAUGGACUACGAGCAAGAAGUGGACCCUCGCCGCUCCUUGACCUUCCAACGCGAGGACCUUGUCGAGCAGAAUUACGAUUUGCGCUCUAAGCUCGCGCAACUCCAAGACCAGCUCAUGUCCCAGGAGGCUCUAUAUCAGUCCAGAAUCGAGCAAGCAAGGUCCCGCAGCGAAACGGAGUGGAACGAGCUGACCUCUCGCCUCCACAUCGCAGAGAAAGAGUCUCAAGAGCGUCUACAACAGCUACUAUCUCUCAAAUCUAGCAUAUCUUCUUUGACACGCAUGGAUUCACAGGUCACCGACAGCGAACUCUCGGAGGGGCUCUCCCAGCUCGCACACAGGGUCCGCGAAUUCGUCAUCAGCAAUUUCCGCAGGACGAAGCUCGAACUUAGCAGUAUCCCUACCGAGACAGUGAGGGCGCUCGAAGCAAUAUCGCCAGUCUACAAGACUAUAGAUCCGACUGAUCGUCUUGCGCUGUAUCAAGCUCUCAUCUCGAGUGCCAUGAUGCACAUCUUCCGCGAACCGAUCAUUGUCGGACUCCCUGAAACCGGACCACUUGCACCAAUCCGCCAGCUCGCGGCAUAUAUACACAACACAGGCGCCGACUUUCGAGAAUGGAGACGGACAACAAUCCGCAGUCUGGAAAAGAGCGAGGCAAAACACACUCUUCACCAGGAGAAGGUGAAGUUAGUGCAUCGCCUGUCUAGUGAGGUCGGGCAUCAGCUGUUCACGCUGACGUCUAUUAAUCUCACGCAAAAUGCACAAUCGACGCUAAUGGGGAUGUUGAAUGCGACUGCGGAUUUUCAGCACACGCUCUUACUCCAGAAAGCACAGUACAGGUUGCACUUCUUCAACGGUCAAGAAGGCCACCUCUUUGACGAAGGCAGGAUGGAAUCCGUCAAUGAUCUUGACGGUGGCUUGGACGAAGAUGGUGACGUUGUACAGCGCAGAUUCGCGUUCUGUGUAUUUCCAUGUUUGGAAAAAUUCGGGGACGAGUACGGCGAGAAUACGGAGGUCAGAAAUGUCCUUCUGAAGGCGAGAGUAUGCUGCGGAGUCGGAUAGUUCCUCGGAGGACUGAAGCGGGCGAAUCCGUUCAAGACUUUUGGUGGAUGCAACCGGAACGCCUCAAUAGCGAAGGAACCGAGAUCUGCAAGUGAUGUGCCAGAGGCAGAGUCUCAGUCAGGCCACAUAGGUGCGCUCGAGGAGCGGGCUGGUCCGAUAUAGUACUGCCAAAGGCGGGAGCACCACGGCCCAAACCGACCGCACAAAACGCGCAAGUCGGAAUGGGGAUCGCAGGCUGUUUAAUCUUCGCACGCAGACUGACUGCAAAGCACGGUAUAGAAGUAACCGAGACAGCUCAAAGAUGUGCGGAAAAUGGUAUGGGCAAAGUGGAAGCUGGGUAGCGAACGGUCAAGAGAAUACCGCAUGUGGGCGCGUAGUGAUAAGACAUCAAGCAUUGAGGCCAGCUACCAAGCUAUUCAUCGUCGUCGGCAUCAUCGUCACCUUGCACGUCCAUGACGCGCUCCCCUGCCUUUUCAAGCG